AUGGGACAGCUGAAGGACGAGAAGGUGCACUCACGAUGUGCUAAAGUGACUCCCGGGCAGAACGAUGCCGGUGGAGAGGGCGAUGGCAGAGAGAAGGGUGAGCGUUCCACGCGGAAAGUGGACCCGGCCUUCCACGCGUUGGCCGAGGCUGUGAUUGGCGCUCCGAAAAUAUCACGAGAUGCGGAGUGCAGGUACACGACGCUUCUUUCUUUGGCGACUUUUGCUAUUGCGCAUGUGACAUUGAUCGACAGUUACACACGAAUCUCAUCACUAAACGCCAUCAUGACGAGCUACAUCCCCUCCCUCACGCUUCCCAGCUUUGCUUUCGAGAACCCUGCAGUGGCUAUCCUGCUACCUGUUCUGUGUGGAACGGCCACAGGAUUUGCCAUCAGCCCAAGUGUGUCUCAGACAGCAUAUCGAACGCUGAAGCAACCUCCACUACAUCCUCCCGGUUAUGUAUUCGGACCAGUCUGGACAGCACUCUAUGCCACCAUGGGCUACACAGCCUAUCGUGCGUACACCAUUGGAGCGACGUCUGCUAACCCCAAUACUGUUGCUCUGGCGAAGCACGGAGCCACUCUUUACACUAUCCAGCUUGCCUUGAAUCUCGUGUGGACUCCUCUCUACUUUGGUCUCGGUCGUCCCAUUCCCGCUUCAGUUGACAUUCUCGCUCUCGGUGGAACUCUUGCCUACCUUAUCAAUGUCUGGGGACAAGUGGACCCAGUUUGCGGAUGGCUGCUCGCACCCUACCUAGGUUGGGUCAGCUUCGCAACAUACCUCUGCAUUGGAUCAGGUUACCUGAACAACUGGGACUUCAGGGCCAUCUCGAAGAAAGAUUAA